AUGAAUCUAACUCAGAGUCAUGGAGGGGACAUCGGUAAUCAACAACUUUUACAUUAUCUGAAGCAAGUGAAUUUCAUCAAUAACUUAGGUGAAAGAGUAGCAUUUGAUGAAAAUGGAGAUGCACUUCCAACAUAUGAUAUUAUAAAUUGGCAACCAGCAGGUGAUGGAACAGUCAUAAGUAAAACCAUUGGGGUUUAUGACUACUUAGCCACAGAUGGACAACAACUUUUAUUAAAAGAAGAUGCUAUUUUUUGGAAUUUUAAUCCCACAACUAUUCCAGAAUCUGUUUGUAGUAAAAGCUGUAUGCCUGGCACAAGGAAAGCCACAAGGAAAGGCCAGCCAGUUUGUUGUUUUGACUGUGUCCCCUGUGCAGAUGGCGAAAUCAGCAGUGAAACUGAUGCUAUUGAAUGCAGACAGUGUUCACCUGACCACUGGUCUAACAAUGGAAGAAAUCAGUGUGUGCUGAGAGAAAUUGAAUACCUGUCCUAUGAAGAUGCUAUGGGAUGUACAUUAACAACAACUGCAUUGUUUGGUACCUGCCUGUCAAUUACCGUUUUAGCUGUUUUUGUCCUCUAUCGAAACACCCCAGUGGUAAAAGCCAACAAUUCUGAGCUGAGCUUCCUUCUCCUGAUUGCACUGACCUUGUGUUUUCUUUGUGCUUUGUGCUUUAUUGGCCAGCCAUCAGAUCUGACCUGUAGACUACGGCAUGUGGUGUUUGGUAUCAGCUUUGUUUUGUGUAUCUCUUGCAUUCUUGUUAAAACUAUUGUUGUGAUAAUGGCGUUCAAAGCCACAUUGCCCGGUAACAACAUGAUGAAAUGGUUUGGAGUGACCCAGCAAAGAGGCACAGUUUUCUUUUUUACUUUUAUCCAGGCUUUAAUAUGUAUAAUUUGGCUGGCUACCAAUCCACCUUUUCCAGCUAAAAACAACAAGUAUCAAACUGCAAAAAUUAUUUAUGAGUGUGACGUUGGAUCAGUGACUGGAUUUGGCUGUCUGCUCGGGUACAUUGGUUUAUUGGCUGGGAUCUCAUUUGUAUUGGCUUUUCUUGCAAGAAAUCUUCCAGACACUUUUAAUGAAGCCAAAUUCAUUACCUUCAGCAUGCUCAUCUUCUGCGCCGUCUGGAUCACUUUUAUCCCAGCAUACAUCAGCUCUCCUGGAAAAUACACUGUAGCUGUGGAAAUAUUUGCAAUCUUGGCAUCCAGUUUUGGUCUUCUUUUUGCCAUUUUUGCUCCAAAAUGUUACAUUAUUUUACUUAGACCUGAACAGAAUACAAAAAAGGCACUAAUGGGAAGAGGAAAUGCUGACAAAUGAAGACAUAACGUCAAUAGUUAUUUGUGAUAGAUAAAGUAUAGGAUUGUUACUGUUUUAGUAUAGCUGAUAAAUGA